CAUGUGUUGAAGAUCUGUGGAUAUUCGGGGUCAUUGCAGUAAAGUGCUAACCGUGAACUGGUCUAUACAGGCGUAUACUGCUUUUAACUUUGAAGCCGACUGUAGCCCGAAUGUCGGUUUCUUUUUUAGGAUCCUGCCAAGUUUUUUUUUUAUAUGUAUACGACUAUUUUAUAGUGUUCAUUUAGAUGAACAUAUAGCUUUUUUCAUAAAAAAACCUGAUUGAAGAGAAGCUGAUGGGAAUAUGAAGGAACUACGGGUACUUUGCCACGAUACAGUGUGCUGUGAAAAUACAGUAGAAGAACCGUCUGAAUAACCUUAUUUGGCUUCUCUUCUGCUCACGACUGUUUCAAAAGAGGAACUCGUCUCUAUUCUUUGAAGAUUACACACCGAAUACAGUUAAAUCGACGUGAACCUAAUUUUGAAGUAAUCAUCGGCUCGAAAAGCAACUUUGGAGGACGUUUGUACGCGGGAGAAUGAUCUCUAAUUUGCUGCAAAGUUGUGGAACAAGCUUUAUACCUCUUUGGAAGUCAGCUACAAUUUCUGAAGCCCUAUCUAUUUUGCUAGACAACACUGGAUUGUUUUGGCCAAAUUUGCCCUGUUUAAGUGAAAUCUUGUUUUGGUGACCCUAUCAUUGGAAGCGAUCUGUACAGCACUUUGUUAUUGCAAAGUAAAAGGGGCGCCAGGCCUAAAUCAAAUACUUUUUGGAUUCGAUUGGAUCGAUAAAUCAUACUUCUGCAUUGAGCGUACAGUAGUUUUAGCAAGAUUCAGUAUGUGGUCUUUUGGCUUCGGGAUUGUUGCUGGCAAAUUCGUGGUACUUUUUAUUGAAACUGGCAUCGCGAAGUCUUUCGGUGUUUUUAUUCCAACAAUGGUCGAGCGUCUGGAGUCAGAUUAUGCUACUGUCGGAUUGAUAUGUAGCUUGCCUGCAACAUUGAUGUACCUCUUAUGUCCUUUUGUGACACUCGUUCUGCAGAAGAUCAACCAUCGUUUUGUCGCUAUGUUAGGCGGAGUGUUGUGUGGAUCAUGUAUUAUUGCCAGCGCUUUCUUCAAAAACUCAGUUACUGUAGGAGUCUGUCUCGCCUUAUCAGGUGUUGGCUUGUCAAUGACUUAUAUGCCCAUGGUGAUUGCACUGAAUGAUUUCUUCAGAGAAAAAUUUGUUUUGAUGAACUUAAUCACGUUGUACGGCUACACCGCUGGAUCCACGCUGCUUCCUAUUGUAAUGGAAAGGUCAUUCGAAGCAUAUGGCUAUGUAGGGGCGUUUGUUAUCCUUGGCGGUAUCGCUUUUAACCUUGUCGCGUGCGGUGCAACGAUACACAAUGCACCAAAAAACGCAGCGACAAAUGAAGGCAAAAUUUAUAAUGGAGUGAAUGAGAAACAGAAGUGUCUCUCUAAAGGAGAGUCCUCAAGGCGAACAGAUGGCAUCCGUAAUCGUGAGGAGGAGGAGGAGGAAGUGAAAAAAGAGGAGGAGGAGGAAGAGAAAGAGGAUAGUGAAGAGUGCGUCUUGGACGAAAGACGUUUGAUUCAAAACGAGAGACGUGACAUCAGUAAACAGGAAAUAUCCCCGAAAGCGCGCUCGUCUUGGACAAGCUCCGUCUUUCAAACCGGCAAACGGUCCUGUGGACUAUUAAACGAACCACUCUAUCUCUUCACCAUCCCGAUUCAUUUCUUGUACAUGUUCUCUAUUUAUGCGUGGAUGCUGUUUCUGGUACCUCACGCUGAACACCUGGGAAUCCCUCCUUCUAAAGCAAUCUUCCUCUCCACAAUUGGCGGCAUAGGUGGCAUCAUCGGUCGGACCAUCUUCAUCAUCCUCGUUGGCAAAGGCAUCAAUGUUUAUAUCGUCUACAUCGCCAUAGGCCUCAUCGGCACAGCAUCAUUUCUUCUGGACUUCAUCAGUUCUGCUUACGCGGUGCGUGCUACAUUGGCUUUUUUCCAAGGUUUCUCCUUCUUCAUCGAGGAUGCUCUUAUGUCCAGUUUAUUGAAAGAUGCAGUCUUUGACGAUCGGAAUUUUAACAUGGCCGUGGCUCUCGGUUCAUUCGUAGACGGACUAGGGGCGACAUGUGCAGGAACAAUUACAGGUUAUCUGUUUGAUGUCACCCAGUCAUUCACGAUGGUGUUCAUCAUCGUCGGCUUCAUUCGCGCCGUCAUGGUCGUUCAUCUCUUCAUCGUAUGGAUCCUCAUCAAGAGACGACGACAAGAUGUCAGCUCUCAUUUUGACCAUUGAGGAUUUAGAGGAGGAGGCAGAAACUUGUACCUAUCCUCCUUCCUUU